UGCCCUUCAGCCCCCGAAAAGUUGGCUCGAGCGUGCAUCUCGCGCAUCAGAAAUUCCCCCUCCUCAGCAUUGUCGCCUUGCCUCAGCCCACACUCUAAUCUCCCCUCUUCUCCCACACUCGCUUACCUUCGACCAUGCAUAUGAGAGAUUCGACGGCUGAACACCGAAGCAAGAGAAAGUUCCAGCCAAGUAUAACGAGCUUCUUCUCGCUGAGAGACGAUUUUGAGGACGACGAGGAUCUGCGGGGCCUAGAUCCGAUUACCCGCCCUCGACAACAGCAGCACAGCAGAGCAGCGCAACAACAGCGAGAGCCUCUCCUACCACAAGUGCCGGGACAGGUACAAGCAGACCUGCUCAGCGUCGGCAUGAGAGUCAGAAAGAGCGUGCCUGAGGGCUACAAGACGCACAAAAUGUCCACCCUGCCCUCGAUCCAUACCACCAUGUCCAAACCCUCAACAACACUUGUUAGCCUCGAGGUCAAACCCCCGCGCGACGCUGUGCCCGACGACUUUGUUCACCAGCGAGAGUUGCUGCCAUUCUGCGGACUGCACAAGGUCGGCGGAUACGCAGAACAACCAACCACGAAUAUACACCUCUACGGCGGCUUCGACUCGACCGGCAUACGAGCCUCGAACCUCUUUCCCCUCCCCGCCGAAGCCUUCACACAGCCCUUCUCGUCGCAAGGGUCCACUGACUCUGGGUACUCAACAUCCUCGCAGCGACUCUCGAGUUCACUGAAUCCAUCGAAACGCUCAUGGCAGGACGAAGAUGAUAAACCACUGACCACCAACUUCUUCUUUGCGAUACCCAUGAAAGGGCUGAGUGCGGACAUGGAUGACGUGCCUGUGAGCCCACUGAGUGAGACGCCGUCGCAGAGCAUCAAUAUGCUACCGCAAGUCCGACAGUUUGCGCAGCCAAAGUCCCGAAGGGCAGGCCAAAGGACGCUGAUGAGCGAUGAGGAUAUGGACAUGGAAUUUGACGAGAACGUGGAGAGGGUUGAAAGACGCAUUGCGGUAGGGAGUGGGAGUGAUUUCGAGGAAGCUGACUUUCUCGCCCGCGAAGUCGACAUGGGUGGACUCUGAUCUCCCCUCACGACAGGUGCAAGAGUGACGAAGCGCGAUACCAGCUACAUUGCUGGAUGGCUACGUGCCUAGGAUACGAUGUCCUACUUUUCACAUUUCCUUACGUCGGAAUGUUUCUCUUCUUGUCCAUAUUUCCCUUCGGCCCAGACUGCUCGUACCAGCUACAUCAGCGCCUCGACAAAUUCCUUCCUUUUUUCCUCAUGUUGUUAUCAGAGCGCUAGCCCAAGCUGCGCAUGUGUUUCUAUGAAGUGUGACGAAUAUUGGCGCAAGGAUACCCGGUUAUUUUCU